AUGAAAGUUUCUUGCCUCGUGCUGGUGUUGGCCAUCGUCUCUGUAGCCACUUUUUGUGAAGGAGUUGGUCGCGGUGGAAGCAACAGUGUCACCUGGGGAGCUCGUAAAUAUCGGGAUACACUUUUGAGCAGAGAAAUAAUAACCGUAAAGUCUAGAUUUCUGCGAGUUGUGACCCAUGAUUAUGUAUUCAGGCAAAAGUGGCCCCGUACCAUCACCCAAAUUGUGGUUACCGAUCAGAUACGAAACGGCGAAGGGGGCUAUGCCACUUUGGUAGGUGGCGGACCAAUGGCCACAUAUGCCAAAAUCCAUUUCAAGAGCCAACGUAACAAUGGUUUCAGUUUCAUUGUGGACAUCUACGGCCAAUAG